AUGAUGGGAUAUCAGAAAGGUUAACUUAAAAAUAUAUGCUUUUCAAUGAUUAAAAUCAUUUUUACUUAGAAAAUAGAUAUCUACCUUUAUGUUCUAAUCUAUAUAUUUAUUUGGAUUACAACGUCUAAUAAAAAAGUACUAAAGUUCAUGUAAAUUCAUUGUAUGUAAAUUAUGUAAUUAAAUUAUGUUUAAUAUAAUUUUUUGGAGCCAACAUCGUGUCAUCUAAUAAGAAAGGUUCGUUAAUAAGCAUUUUUUUAUGCUAAAUAUUUGUGUGUUAUCAAUGAGCUUGUAAUUUGAAAAUUUUAGAAGGGAAUAUAAACAAAGGAGCUUAGCUUUAUUUAGAAACAAAGUAAAAACAAACAGAAACAAAGAAAAAAAGAUAAAACCGUGCCACAUGAAUAAACAUAUCGGCAGGAACAUUGCAAAAUGUGAUUAUAAAAAUAAGCUGAUUUUAAAUAGGAAAGAACAACUUGUUACUGCAGUACUUAUUCGAUGA